GCAUGCGCAGUGCUUCCUGUCAAGAUGGCGCUGUCCAGAGGAGCGCUGUUCUGGAGGACAUGCUCCAGGUUUUCCCCCAGAGCUUCUCCCCUGAGCCCCGCCGCUGCUGCCCGAGCACAGAGCUCCUCUGCCGGGGCCCCGGGGCCCCUCACCUCGCUGUCCAGACCCCCGUGGGCCGAGCAGGAGGACCGGGUCCCGGAUGAGGAGGAGGUGCAGAGGAGCCGACACGCCGCCGUGGUGAGCUCCGUGGACCGGCUCCUCCUCCGGCAGGACUUCGGCCGCCUGUUCGCAGUGGUGCACCUGGCCGGGCGGCAGUGGAAGGUCACCGGGGAGGACCUGAUCCUGAUCGAGAACCACCUGGAGGAGGCAGGCUGCGGGGAGCGGAUCCGCCUGGAGAAGGUGCUGCUGGUGGGCGCGGAGGACUUCACCCUGCUGGGGAGGCCGCUGCUGGGGAAGGAGCUGGUCCGGGUGGAGGCCACCGUGAUAGAGAAGACCGAGUCCUGGCCCAAAGUCCACAUGAGGUUCUGGAAGAGGCACCGGUACCAGCGCAAGAGGAUCAUCGUCCAGCCGCAGACGGUGCUGAGGAUCAACAGCAUCCAGCUGGCCCCCAGACUCACAUGAGGAAGAGGAGGAAGAGGAAGAGGGGACUAUUUCACACAGACUGUUUAUGUUCUUGAGUUUCUUUAAUGCUGAAAACUGUAAA